AUGGCCAAGUUUGUACCUCGUCAGAGGAAGCACAAGGUGCUUGCCCGACAAAAGGCCCAAGAAAAUGCCCAGCAUGAUAUUCAAGACACAAACCAGGAAAUCCUGCCGGCAGCGCAGGCCGAGCGGCAACAGAGGAAGGCCCAAUUGAAAGAAGAGCUGCGACAGGAUGGCGUUAAAGUCAGUGGCAAAAAAGCAAAACGACUCGAGAAAUAUAUCGACAAUAAGUUGCGAAAAGACGAGAACCGUGAGCUCCUCGCCAAACUCGCUGCUCGCCGCAUCGACACGUCCUUGUUUUCCAGCAGUCGGUCACUUGGGCAAGGGAAAGAGACCAAGAAACAGGCACUGUCGCGCGCAUUGAGAGAAUCAAGGGCUGGAUUAGACGGCGACGAUGAGAUUCUGUUGGAGAAGAUAAUGGAACCGGUGGCUGAGCCGGAUGAGGACGAAAGUGAAGUCGAUGCAGGCGAUGUAGGGCCCACCAAUGUCGACGAGGCACCCACGGACAAGUUUACGAAUCUAACUUCAGAUGCACCCAAACCAAUUGCGACAGCUAGUAGCAAGGACACCAUCGGAUCUGGACUGAAGCGACCGUUGGAGCAGGACGACGAAGGCCGGCCACUCAUCAAGAAGAAACAAAAACGUGGAGGAAUCAAAUCAAAGGCGCCACUGGAGGCUGUGGAAAUAAUACAACCUGAUGAGCUGGAAUAUGAAGAGUGGGGUGGCUUUGACAGUGAUGAUGCAGCCUCGGAAGAGAAUGGGGUGGCCCUGGAUGCAGAAAGCCAUUCUGAAGUUGACUCUGACAUCGAAAGCGACGACGAUUCAGGGUCAGAAGCGGACACGGACGAAGACAGCGACGAAGAAGAAUCUGGUGGCAGCGAGGAGGACGGUGAAGAUGAGCAACCCGCGCAACGCUCCUCCGCGUUCAAAGCUUGGGCUCUGCAACAACGAAAUGAGGCUCUAGGCUACGAGCCAGCCGAGGCAAAUGCCGGGCCCUUGGUGAUACCAAAGCCGGAGAAUUUCGUUCCCAGAGCACCAGAACAGGAUCCUCUUCCCAUGGAGCUUCAGCCGACCGAGAACGAUUCCAGAAAAGCCUUCAGCGUCACCGUUACUAGGUCACCCGAAAUACAAGAAGCUCGCAUGAAGCUGCCCGUCGUGUCCGAGGAACAGCGACUCAUGGAGGCUAUUCAUAACAAUGACAUUGUAGUUAUAUGUGGUGCGACUGGCUCAGGAAAAACUACCCAAGUUCCGCAGUUUCUCUAUGAAGCAGGGUACGGCUCUGCCGACUCACCGACGCCAGGAAUGGUGGCAGUCACACAACCUCGACGAGUUGCUGCCGUGUCCAUGUCCCGAAGAGUGGCAGAGGAGCUUGGUGAUCACUCAGAGUCUGUGGCCUACCAGAUUCGAUUCGAAGGCACAGUGUCCGAUAAGACUGCCGUCAAGUUCUUGACUGAUGGCGUCUUGCUCCGGGAAAUUGCGCAAGACAUUACCCUGCGCAAGUACUCUGCCAUUAUUAUUGACGAAGCACACGAAAGAAGCGUCAACACCGACAUUUUGAUUGGUAUGCUCAGCCGAGUUAUCAAACUCCGCAAAGAGUUAUCGGAAGAGGACCCGACGGUGAAGCCUCUGAAACUCAUCAUCAUGUCUGCAACCCUCAGAAUAGAAGACCUGACAAUGAACUCGACACUGUUUCCCACCCCGCCGCCGGUGCUCGAGGUGGAAGGGCGACAACAUCCAGUCACCAUUCACUUUGCGCGGAAGACGCACCACGACUAUGUCGAGGAGGCGUUUAAGAAAAUUACUCGUGGCCACCGAAAACUACCCCCCGGAGGCUUCUUGGUCUUCCUCACAGGACGCAACGAGAUUCUCCAACUAAGUAAGCGAUUGAAGGCUGCAUUUGGAGGCAUGACGGCGGCAGAGGGACCAAAAGUGAAGAUAUCAGCAAGCGAGGCCCCCAUGGAGGUGGAAGAUGUUGAAUUCGGUGACGUCGACGACUACGGGGACGAGAUGGCGGAUUUACCAACUGACGAUGAGGAAGACGACGAAGAAGAGUUCCAGAUUGAAGAUGACCAGGAGGCGGCGCCAAUGAAGAUCCAAGUUCUACCCUUGUACUCGCUGCUACCAACACGAGAACAACUUCGGGUCUUUGAGCCUGCUCCUGAGGGCACUCGUCAAGUGAUUUUGGCCACCAAUGUAGCGGAAACUAGUUUGACCAUUCCCGGAACGAGAUUUGUCUUUGACUGUGGUCGGUCCAAGGAGCGACAGUACGACAGACGAAGCGGAGUUCAGAGCUACGAAAUUGGCUGGAUCAGCAAAGCCAGUGCAAACCAGCGAUCUGGUCGUGCUGGUCGAACGGGACCAGGACAUUGCUACCGCCUGUACUCGUCGGCAGUGUAUGAGCGAGACUGUCAGCCAUUUGCAGACCCCGAGCUGCUUCGCAUGCCAAUCGAGGGCAUCGUGCUGCAGCUCAAGUCGAUGAAUCUGCAAAACGUUGUCAACUUUCCUUUUCCCACGCCUCCAGAACGACAGAGCUUGGCCAAGGCUGAGAAGCUUCUUACCUACCUAUCUGCUUUGUCGCCGGCCGGGGACGUGACACAAAUCGGCAAGACAAUGUCCGUAUUCCCACUCGCACCCCGAUUCGCUAGAAUCCUGCUCGUCGGCCAUCUACACGGUUGCCUCCCCUACACCAUUGCCUUGGUGGCUGGCCUCUCUGCCGCCGAAGUCUUUCUCCCAGAGGCCCAAGCAAUCCCUGCGCUGGCGGCCAAAGACGAGGUGGAGAUUCGCACAACGGCCGACAUCAUCGCUGAAGACCGGCAGGCCAAUGUGCGUCGCGUGUUCAACGAGGUCCAUAAGAACUUUUGCUACCUGGACGACCGAUCUGAUGCUAUCAAGCUGCUCCAGGUGGUGGGCGAGUUUGCACAUGAACCGACCGAGGAAUGGUGCGAGAAGCAUUUUGUGCGAUUCAAGGUCCUCAAGGAAAUUCAGCAGCUACGAAAGCAAAUCACCGAACUCCUCCGCAAUAACAUUCCCUCGUUUGCCAACCUCAAGUUCCAGGACAAGCUGGAUCCGCCAACACCAAAACAAGUCAACGCCCUGAAGCAGAUGGCAGCGGCCGGUUUCGUGGACCAGGUCGCCAUUCGCGCCGACUUGGCUCCGACACCGCCAGAACAAUACAGAAAACCCAAGCGCGCCAUCGACGUUCCCUAUCUACCACUCAUCCCUCUGUACGCCAUCCAAGGUCCUGACAAUGACAACUUGGUCUACAUCCAUCCAACGUCACCACUUGCGCACCAAAGCACCCAGGAGUGCCCCGAGUACAUUGUCUACUCGUAUCUGCAACGCGCAACACCGUCCGGCUUGGAUCCUGAGAAGAAGCCUAAGACGCGAAUGCACGCGCUGACAGAUAUUACAGGCGGGCAAUUAUCCGGUCUGGCAAAGGGCACGCCGUUGCUCAGCUACGGCAAACCGAUCAAGGAGGUCAAGGCCCCUGCCGCCGUUGGGGAGGGUUCCAUGACGAGAGAGUGCUGGGUCAUUCCCUAUCUACGGGCUGAGAAUACGGGAGGGCAAGGCUGGCCGUUGCCCGCCAAGAAGGUCAAGCAAAGAAAGGUUCCCGGCAAAGGAUGGGUUGUAGAAUAG